UUUCCUUUCCCCGUCAUAGGGGAAUGACCAAGGAAGUGACAAUAGACACGAAGUAUGAGUUGUAUCGCUUGGAAAGUGGACCGUCGAAGAAAGCGACGUUAAACGAGGAGGAAGCCAUUUACGCGCUGAGAACAAUGAAUUAUAUCAGACGAAUGCAAAAUAAGGCCGCGGAAUUGUACAGAUUGCGUUUGAUAAACGGUUUCCUUCAUUUGUAUUCCGGUCAGGAGGCGGUUGCCGUAGGGAUGAAGAUGGCGAUGAAGGACACGGACAGCCUGAUCACUGCUUACAGGUGUCACGGUUUCGCGGUGGUUUUCGGCGUGUCGGCGCGGGAGGUUCUCGCGGAACUAAUGGGUCGACGAACAGGUGUGUCGAAAGGCAAAGGUGGAUCGAUGCACAUGUACGCGACGCAGUUUUACGGGGGCGAAGGUAUCGUCGGCGGUCAGGUACCGAUCGGUGCUGGAUUGGGAUUCGCUCACAAGUACAAUGGCACUGGGGGGGUCGCGUGGGCGGUGUACGGGGACGGAGCCGCGUCCCAGGGUCAGGUCUACGAGGCGUACAACAUGUCGAAACUAUGGAAUCUGCCGGUAGUGUACGUUUGCGAGAACAACAAAUACGGAAUGGGAACCGUGGUAGACAGACACUCGGCGAACACUGCCUUUUACACUCGAGGAGAUCUGAUUCCAGGAGUCAAGGUGGACGGAAUGAAGCUCAUAGACGUUCGCGAAGCCGUCAGGUUUGCCAGAGAUUAUGCUCUCCGAAACGGCCCGAUCAUAUUGGAGAUGGAUACGUAUCGAUACUUCGGGCACAGCAUGAGCGAUCCUGGCACCUCGUAUCGUACCAGAGAAGAAAUAAGCGCCGUAAGGACAGAGGCGGAUCCUAUCAUGAUGCUGGCUACUCUUCUCGUGGAGAACGGCUUGAAGACUGAAAAAGAAAUUAAAGAGAUACAAGACACCACGUGGAAAGAAGUAGACAAGGAACUGGAACAGGCCAAAGCCGAUCCGUUUCCAGAAAUGUCGGAGAUCUCGUCGAACGUUUAUGCCCACCAAGUGGGCAAUGUCCGCGGCAAAGCGCCUUGGCAGACCCAUUGA